AUGGAAUUGAGAAGGACUGGAUUCCAUGGCGUGACUUACCACAACUGGCCAGUAAAGGCUGCGGACGAUGACAUCGAUGUUCCUAAUCUCAAGGACAUCAUCGACACUGCAGUACCUAACAUUACGACACUUCAAGAUGUUAUUCUUGGAAGUUUCAUAGAGAUGCGUAUCGGGGCCAUGGAUGCUUUGGAUGAAGACGUCGCUACCGCGCUUAACAUUGUCAGCAUUGUUCUUAUAAUCAUUCCGUUCGCUAGAGAGGCAGUCGAUGCGAUUGGUGGCGUGGCGAACGUUGCCCGUGCGGCUUAUGUUGUCGGCGAGGCUAGUAACGUAGCUCUUUCUAUCUAUGAUAUUGUGAACAACCCAUCUUCAGCUCCCUUCGCCAUCCUUAGUCUAGUCAUGGGAGCCGAUGCCUCGGUCGUUAGCAAGGCUAGCAAGACGACUUUCACCAAAGCUGCCGUUUUCCGGACAGCGAUGACCGAGGACACUCUGAGCUCCUUCAGCAAAGAGUUCUAG